AUGCAGCGUCUACGCUAUGCUUUGGCAAUUUUCGCUGCUGCUGGCUCAGCAGUAGCACGUCCUUCUCUUGUUGACUUUGGAUCUAUGUCCAUCAACAAUAUCUUUGGCAGACAAACGACAGACUUCUUCAAUCCAGAUGACUUGACGUUCAUCAAAAAGCUUGCAGCGGUUGGGGACUCAUACUCAGCUGGUAUUGGAGCUGGAGACGGCUUACACGGAGAGGGCGAUGAGAAUUGCCGGCGAUAUGACCAUUCUUACCCAUAUCUCAUUAAUCAAGAUGAACGACUGGGCGAUACAGCAAACAGAAAGUUUCAGUUCAAGUCUUGCUCUGGUGCUGUCAUCAAGAAUGUAAUUGAGGAUCAACUUCCUUCAAUAGACUCUGAUCAGCAGAUCAUUCUUUUAUCUGCGGGUGGCAACGAUGCUGAGCUUGUUAACAUCCUGAACCAAUGUGUCUAUCAAUGGUUUGCUUUGAACGACCAGCACUCUACUGUGGGUAAAGUUGCAGAGAUGAAAGGCGAGCCCUGGGCGAAAGGAUGGGAUUGGGACGCUGCGUCUCGUGGUUGUCUAGGCCAGCUCCAAUAUUCCAAGAACAUCAUAAACGACGAUGAGUUCUCCAAAAGAAUCGACUCGAUGAUCGAAGCCACGAAAAAGAAACUGUCGUCAGACGGCAUGAUAUACUACACAGGGUAUGCGAAGUUUUGGAGCACUGAUUAUGGGUCUGCUUGCGACAAAGUCUCAUGGUCAACCUGGAUAUUUCCUGCUGCUCGUCUUGAAGAGUUGCGCCGAAGAGAGAUGAACAGGCUAGUUGAUCUCAUCAACGACAAAAUUGAAGCUGCUGUCAAGAGAGCUGGCGACAAGGUGACAUUCAUCAACUACGAUGAGUAUGUCGGCCACUUCAAAGGCCGAUACUGCGAAGACGGCGUUGACGAGUCGGUGGUUGACAGCAAUACAAGACCGGAGUUGAUGUUCUAUGAGCUCGAUACCUUUGACCCAUGGGGUAAUAGGCCGUGGAAGCGGAGUACUGUCGAGCACACGAACGGUUCAUUUUCCGGUGACAUGAACACGAUGGCCCGAGCUGCUGAGUUUGUCGCACCGGAUGUGACAUUCAGGCAGGAGCACAAGAUUGUAGAUGAUUCUGAGAUUCAGGGUCUCCAGGCUGCAGCUAAAGAGGGCGCUACUGAGGAUGUACCAAAUCUUUUGCCUGACGGUUACGGUCGUGUCUUCCAUCCUCAGAUCCUGCUCCACGAGCUUAUCGCCAACCUCGUUCUUUUUGAGGUCUCUAACCGCCGUAUGGAGGCGAACGAUAUGACUCCGGAGCCUCUUCUUGACACAUCGGUAGCGCAGUGUCCUAUCAACCCUUCCGGGAAGAUUGUCCUGAAGUACAAGGAGACUGAACCGGGAGAGGCAGUCAAUAAAGGUACUGAGCUGAGGAUUCUCCCGGUCGGCGACUCUAUCACUGUGGGCUACCUGAGCGACAGGAAGGGGGGUGACGGCAACGGGUACCGUGGACAGCUGAAGAAGGAUCUUUCUGGAGACAAGGUCGUCUUUGCCGGCACAGAAUCAUCAGGUACAAUGACUGACGGAAACUAUGCAGCAUGGUCUGGAAAGACCAUCCAGUACAUCUCGGACCAUGUCGACCCUUCACUCAAACAGCGUCCCAACAUCAUACUACUCGCAGCUGGCACCAACGACAUGAACCCCAACCAUGGCAUCUCGAAAGAGGGUAACGAUCCUAAAGGUGCCGCUGACCGACUUGGCAAGCUCAUUGACAAGAUGGUCAAGGCAUGCCCUGAUGCAACAAUUCUGGUAGCCAUGAUCAUCAACACUUGUGAUGAGAAGCAAUCACCUGCUACCAAGGAGUUCCAGAAGCUCGUCCCUGGCGUCGUCAAGUCACGCCAUGACGACGGCAAGCACGUCUUGGCUGUGGACUUCACAACCUUCAAGACAAGUGAUCUCCAAGACUGCAUCCACCCUACCAACGAUGGGUACAAGCUUAUGGGCGACUAUUGGUACAGCUUCAUCCACCAGAUUCCCAGCAGUUGGAUCAAAAAGCCAGUUGGACCAGAUCCCAAUGGUGGCGAUGGUACCAACGGUGGUAUUGAUAAGAACAUUCCUGCUCCGGACUGGGGAAAGAGUCCUAUUCAGGUCACUUCGAAAAAGACAGUGGCAGAUGCGGCUGAAUAUGCGACGGGCGGAAAGGACAAGUGCGUCAUUUGUAAUGGCAAUCCUUGGUACAAGGGCACUGGAAAAAUUGCACAGGGUGGUGUUGGUAGUAAUGGUGAUUGGAAGUAUCACAAAGAUUGGAGAGCCGAGGGUCAGGUUGCUGAGGGACUUGGCUUGGAGAAUCAGUAUGUCAGAUUGCAUGACAUGAAUGGCGAUGGCAAAGCGGACUACGUAUGGAUUCAUCCCAAGACUGGAGAGAUCACCUGCUGGCUCAACAAUCUCCCCAAACCAUGGUCGAAGGCUGGUAACAACAAUGGCAUCAUUGGUAGCGGCGUAGGUCCCGCAAAGACUAUCUAUCUGGCGGACAUGAACGGUGACGGCAUGGACGAUUACCUUGUCGUGGACCCAGAUAACGGCUCGGUUCGCGUUUGGUGGAACUACGGCCCUGAUGACAGCUGGGACAACGGUUGGAGAUUCGUGCCUGGCGGCGAGAUUGCUUCAGGCGUGCCGCACGCUAACCUCGAGACUCUGCGAUUCCCAGACAUCAACGGCGAUGGAAGGGCUGACUAUGUCUACAUCGGCGAAGGUGGGUCGCUAAAACAUCAUCUGAACACUGGCUCAGUUGGAGGAAGAGAUGUCCUCUUCCAUGCGAUGGGAGGUAUCGCUACUGGGGCUGUUAGUGAUAUCUCAAAGUUGGUGUUUGCCGAUAUGAAUGGAGAUGGUCGCGAUGACUAUUUGAUAUGGGAUGAAGACGGCGGCCUCACAGGAUUCCUCAAUCAGCCUACCAACAAGGAGGGUGUUCCUCACUUCGUCAAUCAGGGCCCCGCCAAGACCAUUGCAGAUGGUAUCAAGAAGAAGCCAAGCACUAUUCGGUUGGCAGACAUGGACGGCGAUGGCAAGGACGACUACGUCUACGUUGGCGACCACGGUGCACUUUCAGUUUGGUAUAACAGGGGGACUACCGAUGACUCCAUGGCGAUUGAUGGCCUUCGUUUUGCUGACAUGGAUGGUGAUGGAGUAGACGACUAUGUCUGGCUUGAUCCCAAGACGGGAGCUCCAGCGUUUUAUCUCAACUCUGGAGUCAAUGAUGGUGACUCUCUUGGUUGGGCAUGGAGCCCGAUCAAUGGCGGUAAGCCCAUUGCUUCUGGUGCUGCGCCUGCAAACCAGGUCGUUUUUGGCGACAUCAAUGGCGACGGUUUGGACGAUUAUCUAGACCUGGACCCCAAAACCGGCUUGUUGAAAGCGUAUCUCAAUCUGGGCAGGGAAUCAGACUGGAAGUUCCGGCCAAUAGGCACGAUCGCAUCAGGUCUCGGACCAGGGAAGCGAGUGCGCAUAGCCGAUAUUGAUGGUGACGGGCGCGACGAUUACAUCUUUCUCAAGGACAACGGCGGCACAACUAUUUACCGCAAUAUCUACGGCCCCGACAACGAUGGCGACAAGUAUGCCCUAAUGUCAGACGCAGAUGCUUCGGGCAUUAACCAAUCGCCGGACGAGAUUGACUUCAUAGAUAUGAACGGCGACGGAAAAGCGGACUACGUCUGGACAUCUAGACUCGAUGGCAGUGUCAAAGUUUGGUACAAUGACUACCCCAAGAAACCCACCUGGAGAGAAGCAGGAGAGAUCGCAGGCGGCGUCGGCACAUCCGGCGCAAACAUCCGGUACGCGAAGCUACAGAAGACGGGCCGAUAUGAUUACGUCGCCGUCGAUCCCAAGACAGGAGCUAUCGCUGCGUGGCUCAAUGGGUGCGGCGACCCUGAUACCUCCAAGAAGAAGCACAGAAUUACCAUCGCCCGGUAUCUCAAAACCGUAUGGGUCAUCGCUGAAAAGCCUGUAGAUAAGGACUUCUCCUCCGAUACCUGUUUCAAGACAGGAAAGGGCGGAGAUACGCGAGGUACUCCGAUCUUGAACACAACAGCUGAUGACAAGUUUCCCGCUGCUCUAAAGAGUGGUGAUACUAUGGAGAAGCUUUAUGGGAAUACGUGCUUUUAUGAGGGUAGUACGGAGAGAGUAGGAAAGCUUGUUUGCGAUGGGGUCAGUGGGAUUAGGUGCUAUGAGGAUGAGAACUUUGGGAAGUUGCAGAAGUGCAGGUUUGGAUCUUACACGUAUUCUUUGUAUUGUGAGUGGUAG